AGCAUUCUUUGGUGGCGCGUGCCGAAAAUAACUCGACUCCGCGGAUGUUGUGUCGAGUCAACGCAGGGGGUAAAACGACACGCGUUCAUUGUAAGCUACGCGUGAGGACCCUUCUUCAGUUUCCUCCGAAAACUUGAUCAUCAUAGACCUCGAAGAACUAGAUCCCGUUUACUAGACACUUAGUUCUCAGUGCCGCGAAAAUUGGCAAUUUAAAAAUUAGUAACAAUAGUAAUUAAUAGAAAAAGUUAUUAAAGUGCGUGAGAGCAAGUUGAUAAAAAUAAACCAGCCGGUUAACGAACUGGUAAGUGGAUGUAAAUUAGUCAGUAAUUCAGACAGUCAUCUCUCAUCUCGCGUCAACAAAACAAAGCACGAUGGUCAAGACCGGCAGACCGAUUAUACGGAUGGCCCCGACCGAGACCCAUUCAUCUGGUGGAAUUCAGUGUUGCUGGUGCAGAUGUUGCACCUGUAUACACAUUGAGUUCAUGAAAACUUUGCCGGGAGCUGUCAAAGUCGCUGAAACAAUAAUGAGUGGAUUGAUCCAGAGUUUGCUGAUAAAUUACGGACUUCGAUACAGCGCAAAUAUUGGAUCGGCAUUCGAAAGCGCUUUAACUACAUCGUCCGCGUGUUUUUUCACUUCCGCUCUACUGCUCGGCUGCUACGUUAUUUCAGAAAAGUCUUAUAAUCUCAUCCGGGCCUCACUUUUUGAAAUGAUGUUCAACGCAUUUGCUUGUUUUUUCUACUUGAGUUCCGCUUCAUACCUCGCAUUCUCCACGAAAAUGUUUCUGGGGGUUCAAUAUUAUAUUACACCGGGAUUUGACGUUUAUCCGGCGAUGACUGCUGCCUACAUGAUGAGUGGAGUCGUCGGUGUAAUUCACGGGGCAGACGCGUAUUUUUCAUUUCGUCAUUACAGAGGGAGUAGAUAAUUGCCAGUAAUUUUAUUAGGAUCCAAGCAGAAAAGUGAAUUAUCAAAUACCAAAAUAUUUGUUUAUAUAUUUAUAUUUUUUUUUUAUCCAGUGUAAAUUUUCCGUAUUUUUUAUAGCAAAUUUUUAUAUAAAUACAAAGACAGAAAUAUUCAGCUGUUUGUU